AAAGCGAUAAAUUGAUACUAAAAGAUGUGAUUCUAAUGGAUGGCAACUAUUCUUCGGGAGACACAACACAUGGAUAUAAUUUUCUUCUCUUUAAUAGUUUGCUUUCAAACGACGGAAAACUAGACCAAUCAGUUAUCGAUGACGUCUCUCCCGAUGACCCGGCUAUCAUCAUGUUUACCUCGGGAACCACAGGCAAACCUAAAGGGGCUUAUUUAUCACACUUUACAUUAGUGAACAAUGCAUUGCUCACCAAGGAGAGUUUCGAUUUCGGUGAACCCAUUUCGAUGUUAAUUCCCCUCCCAUUCUUCCACUCGUUUGCCGCAGUCUUAGGCAAUAUAUCGAUGACUGCCGUUCCCUUUACAUCAGGU